AUCGAUGGAAGAUAAUUCUUUUAGAUAAUCGUAUAUUAGUUGACGUUGGUGAAUUUAUCUCGUGCUGAGGCUUGUUUUGUUGUUAAAAUUCUUAAACUUUUAUUGUUAUUUAUAUGUGAUUUAAAAAAUAUCUCUGUGUGUAGUUGUCAUCAAUUCACACCCAUUAAAGCUAACGAAUCCGUAUAGCACUGGAAGAGAGAAACUGAUAAUAGAAAGAUUUUGUGAUAAGAAUGGCUGCCGAAAUAAAGCCAGCCCAACGAAACAAUAAUCGCUUUAGCACCAAAAAGCCUGAAUUUUUAAGCAAACUAGAAGGGAGCGGUGAUGAUAUCAAUGCCGCCAUAUUAAUACCCGGCGAAAAUGGAGUAAUCAGCGUAUCAGACGAUAAAACUGUGAGAAUAUGGUUAAAACGCGAUUCCGGACAGUAUUGGCCAAGUAUUUGUCAGUAUAUGCCAUCAGGAUGUACAUGUAUCGGUUAUGUCCAAGAUACCCGUCAACUGUACAUAGGCCAAGAAAAUGGCACCAUAACACAAUAUAUACUCUCGGAAGAUUGCAAUCGCCUAUCAUUUGUGCGUGACUAUUUAGCACAUCAGGCUCGCAUCGUAAAUGUAGUCUUUUCUCAGGCACAUAACUGGAUUCUUUCGUGCAGCAAAGACAAAACCUUUGGAUAUCAUUGUGCUGAAACAGCGCGUCGUAUCGGGGUAUAUAAUUUCGAAACGUCUUGCACAGCAUUGCAAUUUGAUUCAUUAGCUAAGUACGCCUUCGUUGGUGAUCAUGCUGGGCAAAUUACGAUGUUGAAAUGCGAUUUGCAGGGCGUUCAGUUGAUAACAACAUUCAAAGGACAUACUGCAAGUGUUCGUUGCUUAAAAUGGGUUGAAGGACCACAAUUGCUAUUCAGUGGUUCGUGUGAUUUGUCGGUUAUUGUAUAAGGGGAUGUAGGUGGCAAACGUGGGACUAUAUAUGAACUACAAGGACAUAAUAACAAAGUAUCGGCGUUGGCUUACGCAAAUCACACGCAGCAAUUGAUUAGCUGCGGUAAAGACAGUGUGGUGGUGUUUUGGGAAAUGAAUGCUAUGAGAAAGGAGGUACCACCUUGGGUCGAAUCAAAUAAUUGUCAAUUGUGCUCUCGGCCAUUUUUUUGGAAUUUUCGUUCCAUGAUGGAUCAAAAGCAAAUCGGUAUUCGUCAACAUCAUUGUAGAAACUGUGGAAAAGCUAUUUGUGACAAUUGUUCCAGUAAUCGUGUAAAUAUUCCUAUUAUGGGAUUUGAAUUUGAUGUGCGUUGCUGUAAUCCUUGUUACAAUCAAUUGCAAACUGUUGAACGUCCUUCAUUAGCCUCAUUUCAUGAUGCGAAACAUUCGAUUGUUUUUAUGGAUUUGGACGAGGGACGCAAGCGGUUACUUACCGUUGGGCAAGAUCGCGUGUGGUCGUGGGUGUGGUUUAGAUUUCAAAAGUAAGACAAUAUGUACAUG